GUAAGUAGAGAGGGUUGCAUCUUGCGCGCGCUUUUAAAAUCCCGUGUGCCGGACAAGAGAGUGGUUCGUUCGCUAUUCGAUGAGCGCUCAGUUCAGCUCCGACUCGCUACGAAACGCGCAGGGUGCAGUCCGUUGAGGUGCAACUUUAGAACUCCGUAAAACGGAGUGCGUAACGUCACGCAGACACGACGACACGAAGAAGUUUCGCGAACUUUUCGAAAAGUUGAGAAAAUUAGAAAAGUUUUUUUUUUUUUGUUUUUCGAAAACUUUUUAUUUUUAUUUUUGUGAAUGUGGAACGUUGUAGCUACUAUUGUUGUGACAAUAUGGAUAGUGAAAAAUGUGACUGAUUGAUAUUGUCAAAAAAUGAUUGAAUCUGUUUCUGCAACUACAAGGUCAAAUCGUUCAUUUGGUUUCACGCAUCUAAAAAAAAGAAAAUCAGAAACGAGCAGUACGCAUAGUAUGGCAGCAGUUGCCAAAACCUUUACAAAGCUAGAAUCACUCGAAGACAAACGCCGAAAGAAAUCUACCGAAGAACCCACCCCUAACCCAAAAUCCUUAGUUUUACCUCAAAAGAAACGUGUUUUACCCUCAAAUGCUUCUAGUAGUCCGGUAAAGAAGAGCCAAAGACUUUCGUCGAGUCCGACGGACGAAAAUAAUGCAGCUGAUGAAACUUUAAUACGUGAAACUGAAGCCGCUUUAAAAAAUUUAGGCAGCUGGCCCGGUACUAGAGGAUCGUCUUACAGUACACAAAAUGAAGAAUCACCCGCUUUCGAGAAUCUUUUCGAUGAAAAAAAAUCGGCCGUUAAAAUGUCACCAUCUUCAGCUUCUAAUUCUAGCACAGACAACCCUUGUUCUCUCAAAAACGUAAUAACCUUACGAGAAGAUGAAAAAUCAGAUAAUUUUAAAAGCAAAGUAGUCCGAAUUAAACAGGAAGUUGUCGACGAGUCAAAAGAGAAAACUAAAAACGACUAUAGACAACCCGAUUUUAAUGAAUUAGUGGAUGAUUCUUCAAACGAGCUUGAAAUUGACAUGUCUGAAGCUGCUUCAGAGAAAAAUGACUCGAGCGACAAAUCAGAUUUAUCGGACAGUGGCAAAGAUAAAAAGGGAGAAGAUAAUUUGAAAUUUCAAGACAGACCAGGGUUUUCAGCAUUUUCAAGACAUACGCCUGGAACUUCUUUGCCAUCGCCAUUUUCUACUACAUCCGCAUUUAGACCACCACAACCCAGUAACAAGAAUUUAUCAAAUUUAGGUCCAUUUCCUGCCGAGGCCACCUUUGUUGGCUACCCCGGUAUCGACCAAGCCACUACUUCAGAAGAUAAGCCUAAAAAUGUUCUUAAACCCGUUGAAACUGUGUCCGAAAGUAUCCCUGUUAAAUCUCCGGACGCAGCUAAUAAACAAUAUACUAUUUUGCAACCUGCCACUAUGAGAUCCAGAGCUGUAAAAGCAUUGGAAGCUUCUAGGGAAGUAGUGCAUAAUCCUGAACCUGAAGUUAGUAAAGUUCCCGUUCCGACGGCUAGUGGAAGUUUGUCGCCGAAUAGUAUUGGAAGAGCAUGUCAAAGCGACUAUACGUCAUCUUCUUCCUCUUAUGAGGGUGGCAAGAAAACUCCCCCGCCAUCUGAAGACAUAAAGCCGAAUUAUUUAGCCUCCACUUACCCUUCUACGCCAUUACCAAGCACUUCCAGCCAGGAAGAUAAGCCUAGCUCCGUGUAUGACCAGUAUUACAGUAGCAAAAACAAUCUUAUAAAACCGGAUGUGAUGAAAGUACCUAAAAGUGAGAUACCCACAAGCAGUAGUUGUAAUAUUUCUGGAGGUCCAAAUAAUCAAAACGAUCUAAUUGUUCCUAAAACAGAAAUAACAACAGCUCCUUCGUGUAGAUCUCCGACAGGAAAUCUUAGAUAUGAACCAUACAUGAACCAAGAUUCAAACUCGUCGUCGAUAUCUAGCAUGGAAACUAUGAAUUCUCGAGGACCUCAUCAAUUACACCAUUUAAGUCCACAUCCUGGAUAUAGUAUGGAUCAACAAUUAUCACACAGGUCUCCCUAUCACCAUUCGCCAAUGUCGGAGGAAAUGUAUCACAGAGAAAGAACUUAUCAAGAUAUGAAUGAACCUGUAACAACUAUAGCAAGACCCGUCGUUACUUAUUCGAAUGAUCUUGUUAAUCGGUCAUACGAUUCUUCGUUAGUGAAUUCGGCUAGUCACAGACCUUAUGAUCCUGGCACCAACAAUGGAUUUGAAAGAUAUGACUCUGGCCAAUGUGUUUCCCUUCAGCAGCCUUUGGGACCUCCGAGGGUCCCUCCACAGGGUAUUUAUGGUUACAUGGAGGAUUCACAGGAUCACAGAUAUGAACAAGAAGCAGCUGCAGCUGCAGCUCAGCAGCACCAAUUAGCAGUGGCAAAUGCUCAAAGUAUGCUCAAACAGGAGGACCAAGAAGUGCCAACUGGACCUUUGUAUCCCAGACCGAUGUACCAAUACGAUGCGACGAGCGGAGCCCCCCUUCCGGUGGGGUUUUCCGCUAUCAACCUCUCCGUAAAAUGUGUGACGACGGCCCAGGCGGUGCAAAUGAAGGGUAGUGGGCCCCAUACGUCCCCAGGGGGCACUGUUAUUGAUUUAAGCACGUCCAGCGUCACGACUACAAGCCCACAGGUGGCAUACAGUUCGCCACAUUACGGCGGUCAACGCGUAGGAGGCAGUCCCCAAGCGGCAGCCAGUCCCCAUUUAUCUGCUAGCCCCCAAGUUCCAAGUCCUCAGGGCCAAACAUUGGAUCUCAGCGUCAGCAGAUUAUCGCAUAGCGUCCGACCUUUUGGUGCAACCGGCCCUCCAGGGGUCCUAGCACCAGCUCCAGGCUCUGGAUAUAGCAGAGAGUCAACACCGGAUAGCGGAGGAUCGCAUUACAUGGACGCAUAUAGUAGAGAACCAACCGCCUAUGGAUCGAUGAGUCCACAUCCGGGCUACAGCAUGGCAGCUGUCGCAUCUGACUACGCGUCGAAUCCUUAUUCGGCACCGUAUCCAGCACCUGCAGGGUAUCCGUGUGGACCUGGAGGGUAUCCGGGAGCAGUAACCACCGGAGGGUACCCUGUACCACCUGGUGCGUAUUCCCCUGGAGCUUGUUACUCGAUGCCUCCGCCUCAACAUUCUUUGCCUCAGCAUGACAAGGCGCCAAAAGACGGACUCUCUGGUUGUCCAAGAUCAGACAGGGGCCAAAUCCAAGCCCACUCCCAAGAACUCAAGUGUCCCACACCGGGAUGUGACGGUUCUGGACAUGUUACAGGAAACUAUUCAUCCCACAGGAGUCUUUCUGGAUGUCCCAGGGCUAACAAACCGAAAAGCAAACCCAGAGAUGGACAAGAUUCUGAACCUCUACGAUGCCCUAUUCCAGGGUGUGAUGGAUCUGGACAUGCUACAGGAAAGUUUUUGUCGCAUAGGAGCGCAUCCGGUUGUCCGAUCGCCAACAGGAACAAAAUGCGAGUACUCGAAAGCGGCGGCACAGUGGAACAGCAUAAGGCCGCUGUAGCUGCUGCGACAGCAAUGAAAUUUGAAGGAGUCAACUGUCCAACACCUGGAUGCGACGGAACCGGACACAUCAACGGUUCUUUUUUAACGCAUCGGUCCCUUAGCGGUUGCCCGGUGGCUGGGCAAACGGUGAAGAAGAGCAAAUACCCGGAAGAUAUGCCGUUUUAUGCUAAGGGAUAUACAGGUAUGGACCAAAAUCAGGCUGGGGGCGAAGAUCUUAUGACUCUCGAAGCCGAAAUCUCCGAAUUGCAGCGCGAAAAUGCCCGGGUCGAAUCACAAAUGAUCAGAUUGAAAUCUGAUAUUAAUGCAAUGGAAAGCCACUUGACACAAGGAGAAAAAGAAACUCAGGCGCUGACUCAGCGCAGCUCAAAUCUCAACGAGUAUUACGAGAGUCUAAGGAGCAACGUGAUUACGUUCCUGGAACAUGUACGUUUACCCGGUAGCGGCAGUACUCAACCGGAUAAAAUCGGCCACGAGAACUUUGACUCCUAUUUGAGCAAACUUCAAACUUUGUGCACGCCGGAUGGUUACUGCAGCGACGAGAACCGGCCGCUUUAUGAAACCGUCAAGUGCGCUCUGCAGGAUUUCACGGUUCUGCCCACACCUAUUUGAAUUAAUAAAAAUAGGUGAAAGAACAUUUAAAUUUUUGAUGUAAAUGGCCCUUUAUUGUAUUCAAAAAUUGAAAUUUUGACGCCUGGCGAAAUACUUGUUUAGUGGCGCCAUCUUUUACCAACAUAAUAAUAUACUACAAACCAAGAAAAUAAAUCCCUACAUCUUUUGCAUUUCUCAAACCUAAAUCGAUUGCAAACCAGGUUUGUCUGGAUUAGUUAUGCUACGUCCUCUAACAUUAACAAAGGAGGGUUUCAUAAAAUGCCCUUAUUGAUCCUAAGGAUUUUAACUAAAACCUUUUUCAUUCAAUUUCAUGUUAGAUUUCUUUUCUUGUUGAUCGUCGGGCGUUAAACUUUCUCCAAAAAAGUAGAUCUAAAUACCAACCAAAAUGUCUGUUUAAACCCUAUUAAGAAUCUAGCGCUAAACUAAAUGUUCUAACCCAUAAACGCCUAGAAUCUAAGCCAUUAUAAUGAAAUAACAAAACCAUUUGUACGUAAUGUUAAAUUGUGAUCUCUGUAUAUACAUAUAUAUUUUAGAGGCUAACAUUGUAUAGAAAAAGUAUACCGACCUCAGUAAUUUUUUCCAUUUUUAAAUGUAAAUAACGAUAAUAACAAUAUGAGACAAUUAUUAGCGCAAAUCCUAGUUUUUUGUAUAUACAUACAUUGAAAUUAUUUGUUAUGAUACUAAUAAUGUAUUUCAGUUUGGUUGAGUUCGUUAAGUUUUUUUUUGUAAAGAAAAACAUGUAUGUAGUUUCUCAUAUACAGGACAAAUGACUUUAGUGGAUCGUGGAUAUUAUGCUUGCCCAUAUCUUCUAGUAAAAGAUGUAUUUUCUUGAAAUUUUUUUUGUUGACAAAAUGUUGAGUUGAAGUUACAUUUUACCUGUUCCAAAAAAUGCUUUUAAAUGCCCUUUCGUAUUAGCCGAAUUUUUUAAAUCUGUGAUUAUGAGGUAAUAUUGUUAGUAUUAUUUCAGUAGUUAUUUGUUAUCCUGUGUUACAAGCUAGUGGCAAACCUUGUCUCAUACCUGAUUUUUUUCAUCUUGAAAGAAAAAGAUCAGGCAAACUUUCCUUCCAGACAAGCCAAUUUUUAUCAUCUUGCUUAAAAAAAAAAUCCUCAUUUUGUAUUUAUCUUAGGCAAAACUGAUGGAGAUAGAAAAAAAGGACACAGAAGAACCCAAUCAUGUUUUGCUUCAGUACCAGUUUCAAUUUCAGUACUAUGUACUUUUAUGUUAAGCACCAACCUAAACUGUGUUUUCUAAUCCUUAGGCUGGAUUUUAUAAAACUUUUGAAAGCACUUGUGCUUAACAAAUGUUCAGGAAACAAAACAAUAUAAGCAGUAAUCUAAAAAUCAGAUCUAGUUUUUUUUAAAAAGCAAGAUCAAGUACUUAAUAUGUUAAUUACAAUUUGCGACUGUAUUUAAAAUUAGGUUUAUGAUUAGGUUAGACCGCAUCAUUAAUUUACUAUUGUUUAAUUUAUUAACAAAAUGUAUAAUUAUAACGCUCAUUUGUAAGUGAACCUAAUGGAGCUGAGACUAACACUAAUGCUAUAGAUAUUGUCCUAGCUGGUAUUUGGUAUUAAUAAACAUUUAUUGUUUCGAUUUUAGUUAUCAUUGACGUUUUUGAACAUUUACAAGGGUGAAUUCCUUUUAUGUUUCGUUUUUCUAUUACUGUUGUGUACUUUGUAAAUAAAACAAAAGUGUAAGCAGAACUUAUUCAUUACUAAAAUAAUUAUUUGUUCACCAAAUAUAUAUGUUACUAUACAUGUGUUGUUAUUAUGAAUAAAUAAAGUAAAUUCAAAGGCCAAAAAUUGUAGUUUUUUUUUUUGUAGUGAGAAUCAUUGUAGCAAUCUUGUGAUCAACUAGGUUUUUGAAAUCAUGGUAGAAGUUUUUUCACCUAGUUCUUCAUCAUGUUUACGGAAAAAAUAUUGGCUAUGUCGAUAUCCAUGUCAAUUUGAUUGGUAGCUUAACAUUCCAUACAUACAUGCUUUCAUUAUUGUCCUGAUGAAUGUGGUCAAACUUCAUUCUUCCUCAUCGAAUAGCUUUUUGUCUGAAACUUUAAUAUUUCUUACCAGAUUUCAUGAAAGAUGCAACCUUUUUUUGUGCCAG